AUGGAGCCAGGAGAGAACAAAGAACGAGACGACCAAGAGGGAUGGAGUCAAGUACGUCGGAGAAAGAACUACGGGAGAGAUUUCGAAGUUAAUGGGAAAGCUAUGUCCUUCUAUGUACAGAACUUCCCAUCAGACUGGAAUGAAGCUGCAUUAUGGCGGAUGUUUAACAGAUAUGGGAUCGUUGUCAAUGUUUACAUUGCAAAGAAAUUGAACCGCCUCAAUAAGAACUUCGGAUUUGUUAGAUUUAUACGGAUCCAAGAUUGUAUCUCCUUUGAAAAACGUCUCAAUGAGAUUUACAUCGGAUCACAUAAGAUUGAAGUCAAUGUGGCACGAUAUCAAAGGUUGGAGAACGUGAAUCACAUAAGAAACUUUCAACCCACUGGAAGACUACAAGCAGAACCAGUAAAGAACACACGACUACAUGAUAGGUUAUUUGCUGAUGUUGUUAGGGGGACAACGCCAACCGCAAACAAUGGAUCUGGUAAUUCAAGCAAAUUCGAUGAAGGGUCGACCCCUACAAGGAAAGUAAUAAAGAUGAUAUCCAGGCUGGAGUCAAGAGAAGCCAUCCAGAACACCUUGGUGGGGGAAGUAGAAAACUUCCAAGCCCUAAUGAACGUGAAAGCUUUUCAGGAGGUUGAGGGAUGCCCUUCAAUGCAAUUAAGAUAUUUGGGAGGCCUAAAAAUGCUUCUCGAAUUCGAGAAUACAAUGGAAAAGGUCGAGUUCAUAAAUAAAGGGAAGGAGACUUGGUAG